ACAUUUACGAAUUGUUAAUAUAAUAGAAAUACAAAUUCGUCGCCCAUAUCAUCUCCAGCCACUCACCAUUCCACUAUUUCACUAUUUUUAUCUGCGUGCAAAAUUUCAUCUCGGUCAAAACAUUUUUUCCAAUUUUUUUUUAAAUCAUUAUUUUUGCAAUUUCAAAAAAUAUAUAUUGAAGACGCUGUAUAAAAAAUAAUUUAUAUUUUUGGGAACAGAAUAGAGCAUAAACACAAUCCAAUCGAUUUCCCAUGGAGUGCCCCAAGUAUUUAAAAAUUUCCCGCGCUUAAUAAGUCGUCGCUGCAUUGUAAACGGGAUCUUAAACCGGAAAUGACAAUUCCGUCCAGGAGAUGUCGCGCCGAAGACGAUCGACUCGCGUCUGUUUCAUUUCCCACGCCGCGCGUCACCAAUUCCCCCGCCAGUGGUGACCACAUUAUCCUUUUCCCUCCGGCUAAUGGAAUAUAAAAAAAUACCACGAAUUUUUUAUUAGCUGAAACUCCCAGACGCGUGUAUAACUUUUCAAAUAGAAUAAGAUUGAAUCAUCAAAGGAUUAUAAUCAAUCACAAUGGGUGGCGAAGAGGGUAUUGGAGUAACGACCGGUCAGCCGAACCUCUACAAGCAAGAUUUGUCCAAGCUGGAUGUUACAAAGUUAACUGCUCUGUCCCCGGAAGUCAUCAGCAGACAAGCAACGAUCAAUAUUGGUACAAUUGGUCACGUGGCUCACGGAAAAUCAACGAUAGUGAAGGCGAUUUCCGGUGUUCAAACUGUGCGAUUCAAAAACGAACUAGAGAGAAAUAUCACCAUUAAACUUGAAGCUCGUGUGACGGAGUCAACCACUGGAGAAUUGGCUGAACUACCAGGUGACACAAGCGAAAUGCCAAUAUCAAGUGACAAACGGGCUAGAGCAUCAACAGGACAGUCUCCACCACCGACAAAGCGAGUGAGACGUAGCUCGAGUGAUGAUAAAACCAGCGAAGACUCAGCCUUUCACGAAACAAUGAUUGAAGACGAUGACUCAUGCACCCAACAACAGGAUGAUUUGAUAAAAGACGAUGAACGCGAGAUAUAUAAAAAAUAUGGUUUGAAAAAGCUGAGUAUAAAGCUCAACGACAUCUACAAAACAGGAGACACCUUGGCAAUAACCCCAGAGAUCUAUGAAGUUGAAAGAAUACUGGAUAAAAAAAUUAAAGAUGGAGAGACACUAUACUAUAUAAAAUGGAAGAAUUGGAGUUCGGAUCACAAUACGUGGGAGCCAGUUACGAAUUUGACAGACUGUCCAGAAUUACUAGAUCAAUUUGAGACUGAUAGAACGAAUCUUCUUGAAAAGUUUAAAAAUACGGAAAAUUUUUAUCCCGAUGUCAAGGCGUUGGAAAUUCAUAUGAAAGAAUUAAAACGUUUGAAAAAAUCAAUUAACGAUGUAGAAGUGGAAGAAACGAGUCUAUAUAAAAAUCUUCGCACUCACUUCAAGCCUAAUGCUGAGAAGAACGUCAAGUUAAUCGAGAGGAUUAAAGCUGGAAUAAUUCAUUCGAUGUACUGUUCAUCGAGGAGGGAUCAGCUGGACUCGUUACAAGGAUGGGAGACUGAGAUCAACACCAUCACCAAGGGAAAACCGGUGGUGACAGUGGAAAAUACUGUUGACCUGGAAGUGACACCGCAAGACUUUUAUUAUAUUGAUGACUAUCUUCCAGGUGCUGGUGUUACGAUUCCUGAUGAGCCACCCAUUGGUUGUGAGUGUGAUAAAUGUGAUGCCAAGGCAAAAUGCUGUUAUGCUCAAUACGAAGGGGGAUUCCCCUAUACCACUGGCUGUCGUGUUCGUGUACCUCCGGGAACACCAAUUUACGAAUGCAAUAAACGCUGUACGUGCCCACCAGAUUGUAAGAACAGAGUUGUGCAAAGAGGAUCAAUGGUUAACUUGUGCAUCUUUAGGACAGAUAAUGGAAGAGGGUGGGGAGUUAAGACCAAAAAAUUGAUUAAGAAAGGAACUUUUAUAACUGCUUAUGUCGGUGAGGUAAUAACGAAUGAAGAGGCUGAGAAGAGAGGAAAAGAGUACGACGCUGCUGGACGAACGUAUCUUUUUGAUCUUGAUUUUAAUGAAGUUGAAGAGCAGUGUCCUUACACUGUUGAUGCUGCCUUGUACGGGAAUAUAUCCCAUUUUAUUAAUCACUCUUGUGAACCCAAUGCUGCGGUUUAUGGGGUCUGGAUUGACUGUUUGGAUCCUAAUUUACCCAAAUUAGCGCUUUUUGCUACCAAGGAUAUUCAUAAGGAUGAGGAGAUCACUUUUGAUUACAUGUGUCAGACGUCCAAGAGCUUUGAGAAGAAAAAAAUGACGACUAUGGUGGAGUUAAAUGCCUCCAAUGAGGCACGAUUGGCGGGGGAUAAGGAGGACGGCAUUGUUCAGAUACCUGACAACAAAACUAAGUGCAAAUGCGGAGCUAAAACGUGUAGACAGUAUCUUUUCUGAGAUUUAAUGAAUCAAUGGUUUUUAGGGGUCAUAUCAUUCAUACGGAGUUAUCGAUUUAAUUGGAUUUGUUGAUUAAUUAUAUUCAUCGUCGAUGAAGAAUUGUACAAUUUUGGGGAAGUGAU